UCAUAUCAAAUCCCUUUCCAAUUUCCCUAUCCUAUCAAAAAACCUCAACGAAAAAGCCCCAAUUAUUUCCCUGAAAUUGAAGACCCAUUUGACCUCUUACCUACAUAUCCAGGUAAAAUACUAAACCGCGUGUAAUCAAGCAGCAAAAUGUACCGAGGCAUACGACUUUCCAGGGUUUGUCUUCAGAACCGAACCCGUGGCGCUGGAGCUGGGCUAUGCUCUUUCCCCACCAACAGAUAUCAUCUAUCCACGGCUUCGGGAGCUGCUGCAAAAUCACAAGAACUGGAGGAGAAUCUUGAUUCGGAUAUUCCUCUUUCUUUAAAUUCACAUAUUGAUUCUUCUAUUAUUACGAAUUUACCUAGGACAUAUUCUUCACGACGAAUUGUUAAUCAGGUCAAUAUGAAUAAAUUUGGGCAACCGUGAGUCAUGAUCUUUUUUCUCUUUUGGGUUUCUUGGGAGGGGUUUGUUGGAGAUUGGAAAAUUAUGAGGAUUAAUUAAUUAAUGAAUGAAUGUGAAGAUGACUAUUUACUAAUAGGAAUAUAGUAUACAUCCCGAUACCUCACAUUCGUUGGAAGUGAGAAGACAAAAUAAAACAUUGGGGCUUGUUCCUCCUAAUGUUGAAAGUUACGCGCUGCAGACUCAGAGAUGUGAGUUUUGAUAUUUGAGGAUAUUUUUAUUCUGUUUUGCUUUGGGGAAAUGUACUGAUGGGGAUAAAAGGUCUUAAGCAAUUGGAGGCAAAGACUAGUCCUAUUGAGAAAUAUAUGUACCUCAGUAAUUUGAGGAAUAAUAAUGUGCAUUUGUUUUAUCGAUUGGUGCAGGAGCAUUUGACGGUAGGUUUCUUGUUUCUUUGAUUUUGGAGGGGGUAGAGAAGAGAAAUGAUUGCAAUGGUUGGAAUCGUGGAUGGAUAUUGACAAUCGUGCUUGUAGGAUAUCACGCCUUUGAUAUAUACACCGACAGUUGGAGAGGCUUGUUUGAGAUGGUCAGAGAUUUACCAACAGCCCGAAGGUAUUUCGAUUUUUCUCCUAAAACUCCAACACAAAAAUCUGACAGAAUAGGUUUAUAUCUUUCCUACCAUGACCGAGGCAACCUAGCAGAGAUUCUCAGUAAUUGGCGUCAUCCUGAAGUUGAGAUGACGGUUGUUACUGACGGUUCUCGCAUCCUUGGUUUGGGUGAUUUGGGUGUUAAUGGUAUGGGUAUUCCAGUUGGAAAAUUGUCAUUAUAUACUGGUUGUGCUGGUAUUCAUCCUUCCAAGACUUUACCAAUUACUCUGGAUCUUGGGACUAAUAAUGAGACGUUCCUUAAUGAUCCGUUAUAUAUGGGAAAUUGUAUGAAGAGGGUUUCUUCCGAAGAGGAAGCUGAGUUUAUGGAGGAGUUAAUGGUAGCCUUGAAUAAGAUUUGGCCUGGGUAUGUUGUUCAUAAUUUUGGUAAGAGCACGUUUACUAAUUUGUGGGUAGGAUCAUCGUUCAAUAUGAGGAUUUCAAAAAUCCAUUCCAAUCUCUGGCAAAAUAUCAAAACCAGUAUCCUUGCUUCAAUGAUGAUAUUCAGGGUACUGGUGCGGUUAUUCUGGCAGGUAUCAUUAAUGCUUUACGCCGAACAGGUAUUCCUGUCAAAGAUCAAAGAGCUGUUUUCAUGGGUGCAGGUAGUGCUGGUGUAGGCGUUGCUCAACAAAUUGUAGAAUUCUUCCGAAAGGAAGGAUUGACAGAAGAUGAGGCUCGUCGUUGCUUUUGGUUUGUGGAUACCAAGGUAUUUAUUCUCCUCUUUCCUUAUGGAACCCCAAAGCUGACUUCCUUAGGGCCUGAUCACAAGUGAUAGAGGUGAUAAAUUGGCCGAGCAUAAGGUCUACUUUUCUCGUGAUGACAACGAGGGAAAACAAUUCAAAACUCUACCGGAAGUGGUCGAAUAUGUUAAGCCUACAAUCUUAAUGGGUUUAUCCACCAUCCGAGGAAUUUUUGAUGAAUCCAUUGUUAAGGAAAUGGCAAAGUUAAACAAAAACCCGAUAAUAUUCCCAUUGUCAAAUCCCUCUAGUCAAGCUGAAUGUACAUUCGAGGAAGCUAUGGAAUGGACGGAUUGUCGAGCUUUGUUUGCUAGUGGAAGUCCAUUCCCGGAUUAUGUUCAGGAUGGUAAGACAUAUUCUGCUGGGCAAGGAAAGUAAGUAUUGACAUUACCGCACCGUGAAGUAUGGAUACUAAUGAAUUCUUAGCAAUAUGUAUGUUUUUCCAGGUAUCGGACUUGGAUCAAUUCUUUGCAAAACCUCCUGCAUCAAUCAAGAAAUGGUAAGUUGUCACAUCGGCUCAUCUCUCCACAAACCUUACAACAUCCAACUAACAAACCCACAGAUCUAUGCCUCAGCCGAAGCCCUUAGCACCUCCCUCACCCCCUCCGAAAUAUCUUCCGGUCGUCUCUACCCUGAACUCAACCGUAUCCGCGAAGUAAGCGUUAUCGUUGCUCGCCAAGUGAUACGCGCAGCUCAAAAAUUCAAUUUCGAUCGUGAACCUGCUAUUCGCGGCAUGAACGAUGAGCAACUAGACGAGUGGAUUAAGGGAAGAAUGUACGAUCCAACAUUAGCUAUCCAAACCUCGGGCUUGAAAUCUACUGUAGGACAGAAGAAGUCGACGCCUAAAUCAUUACUUUAGUUUCUUUUCUGCUAAAGGGAAUGCUAGAGAGAGAAAUGAGGGCUCUGUCGUAACUAAUUCUGUCGCGGCGGCUACGAGUCAGGGGACUUGGUUUUGGUGGGAUUGGUGGAGAUGGUUUCCUAGGUGGGGUAUGCUGGAACAGGGAGUUUUUACAGAUGUGGAGAGAGGUGAUGGGAGGGGAGGGGAAGAGGAGUGUCAAAGCGAAGGCGGUGAUAGAUAGAUCGAUUGAUUGGUUGCUUGAUGGUAUGGCAUGGCAUGGUUGAGCAAUGGUUUUGCAUUUCUUUCUUUGGCUAGGACUUAUGAUUGAAAACCGGUUCGUGGGGUGGUGGUUUAUUAAUAAUGAAGAAUUGAUUCUGAUGGAUGGAAGUGGCAGGGCAGUCUACGUAUUGGUAGAUGAGUGCAUAGAACAGAUAGAUUGGAUGGAGAAAAGUUGACCUCACGCGUCCCGGACGGAAAUAAAA